AGCGGGAUCCCGCAGAUCGAUUGCGUAACAGGGGUCUUUCCCAAGGGCUGCGUCUAUAAAGAUGCUGCCCGGCGAGCAGAGAGGCGGGCGCGGCGCAGCGAGAGCCGCGGAGCUGGACGGUGGGUUUGGCAUUGCUGCUACAGAGAGGAGCUACAUCCCAGCCACUGUCCUCAGCACCAGCCCCUGAGGAGCCCACUCUGUCUCUCCAGGCUUCUGAUUACGGUGCUCGGAAGCACACGGCGCUAUGUUAUCCUCCCACGUGCCAAAUUUAAGGCAUUCAUCCAAGUGGAUGUCUGCUUCUCUCCUCCUUUUCCUGGCUGAGCUCAGCUUCAGCUCCCCACCCACCUACCAAUGGAAAGAUGCUGUGACAAACGAGAAGCUCACCUGCCAGCAGUGCCCUCCGGGGACCUGUGUGGCACAGCACUGCACCAGGGACAGACAGACUGUGUGCCAACCCUGCCCAGAUUUGCACUACACGCAGUACUGGAACUACCUGGAGAAGUGCCGGUACUGUAACACCAUCUGCGAGGAGAAGCAGGUGGAAGUGCAGCAGUGCAAUUCCACCCACAACCGCGUCUGCCAGUGCCAGGAGGGCUACUACUCGGAGAUGGAAUUCUGCAUCAAGCACUCUGAGUGUCCGCCGGGCUAUGGCGUCGAGAAACUGGGUACUCCCUUUGAAAACACCAAGUGCCGCGCCUGUCCCCGUGGCUUCUUCUCUUCCUCCAACUCCACCAAGGCGUGUCAGCCACACCAGGACUGUCAGAAGCAGGGGAAGGUGACCAACGUGCCUGGCAACCAGUACCACGACACCCUCUGCACCUCCUGCAGACUGGGGAGAAGCAACAGCACACAGGGACCAGCUCUAGCAGACGAUGACUGUGAACAAGCCAUGAUAGACUUUGUGGUGUACCAGAACAUUCCUGUCAGAAAGCUGAAGCGCCUGCAGCAAAUCCUGGAGCGCUCGUCGAAGAAACAGGCGCUGGGAAACAGAGCGGCCGUCCAGGAGAAGUUCAGAGCUUUCCUCACCCACCUGAAAGAGGGGCACUCCGAGGUCACCAAGGAGCUGCUGAGCGCGCUGCGGGCUGCCAAGCUGCACUCCAUCGAGGAGAAGGUCCGCGAGCGCUUCCUCCUCCACUGAGAACAUGAACUGAACUUUUCGGGUGGUUUUUGUCUAGGGUUUUUCUUCGGUGGCUUCAUUAAUUUAUUAAUCAUUCCAAACUUUACUUGAAAUGCAGCUA